UAUGGAAGUGGUGGGGGACUUUUGACAGCGGCAGCGCUGUGGGGAAACAAACAAGGACGCGGUCGGCAGGUCGGCGGCUCUUCUUCACCCUCCUCCUCCUCGGUCCUCUCUCGAUCUGGCACCGAAGACUCCCGGGGACAUGGCGGCGUCGGAUCGGGCUGUUUAUGAGAAGUCUGAUGAUUGAAAGUGGCUGCCGCCUCGUCCGCCACCACAAUGGUCGACAUGGAGAGCCACUAUCACCCCCCUUCUCCCCUGGAGGACUCGGUGCUGGGCAGCCCCCUUUGCACCGAUGACGACUUCAUGGACGGCAUGGAGGAGCUCCAGGACAUCUCCCAGUCCAUUGACAAUGAUGCCCUCAGCUCUUUUGAUGUCCCGGAAUACCAGUCUUCCAGCAAUGGCUCGGAAGGGUCCACUGUCCUAGAUGCCCUGACGCCGGCAUCCAGCCCCUCGUCGGUUGUUUAUGGGGUGUCAAUGGGCCAAGAGGAGUUCUCGUCUACCUCCUCAUCGCUCAGUCUGGAGUGCCGAGUGUGUGCUGACCGCGCCUCGGGCUACCACUACGGAGUCCAUGCCUGCGAGGGCUGCAAGGGUUUUUUCCGGCGGACCAUCCGUCUGAAGCUGGAGUAUGACAAGUGUGAGCGCCGCUGCAAGAUCCAAAAGAAGAACCGCAACAAGUGCCAAUACUGCCGCUUCCAGAAGUGCCUGUCAGUGGGCAUGUCCCACAACGCCAUCCGUUUUGGUCGGAUGCCUCAGUCGGAGAAGCUAAAGCUGAAGGCGGAGAUGGUGACGGGGGACAGAGAGGUGGGAGACCCUCAGGUCGCUGACCAGAAGACGCUGGCCAGGCAGAUUUACGAGGCCUACCUCAAGAACUUCAACAUGAACAAGGCUAAGGCUCGAACCAUUCUCACCGGAAAGACCAGCACCCCUCCUUUCGUCAUCCAUGACAUGGAGACCCUCCAGCUGGCAGAGCAGACGCUGGUGGCCAAGAUGGUCUCCUCCGCGGGAUCGCUUAGGGACAGGGAGGCAGAGGUUCGGAUUUUCCACUGCUGCCAGUGCACGUCGGUGGAGACAGUCACGGAGCUCACAGAGUUUGCGAAGUCCGUCCCCGGGUUCUCAAGCCUGGACCUCAACGAUCAGGUGACUCUUUUGAAAUAUGGAGUGUACGAGGCUCUCUUCGCCAUGCUCGCCUCCAGCAUGAACAAGGACGGCCUCCUUGUGGCGUACGGCUCAGGCUUCAUCACGCGGGAAUUCCUCAAGAGCCUGCGGCGACCUUUCAGCGACAUGAUGGAGCCAAAGUUCCAGUUUGCCAUGAAGUUUAACUCGCUGGAGCUGGAUGACAGUGACCUGGCUCUGUUUGUGGCUGCUAUCAUCUGCUGUGGAGACCGACCGGGCCUGGUGAACGUGGAGCACAUUGAGCGGAUGCAGGAAAGCAUUGUGCAGGUGCUGCAGCUCCACCUGCUGGCCAAUCAUCCAGAUGACACUUUCCUUUUCCCCAAGCUGCUGCAGAAACUCGCUGACCUCCGGCAGCUCGUCACUGAGCACGCACAGCUAGUGCAGGAGAUCAAAAAGACAGAGGACACAUCGCUGCACCCGCUCCUGCAGGAGAUCUACAGAGACAUGUACUGAAGUUUGUGGAGGAAUAAUCCAGGAGAGGCACUUUGCAAACCAUCUCCUUUUUUUCAGGGACAGAAGAAGUCCUCCAUAAGCUAGGGUUGAACCACUUACACCUUCCUAAUGCAGCAGGAGUUAGUUUUGGUCUGCACAAGAGCUCCUGUCAGGUCCAAGCAAGAAGCCCAGUCUUGAUUCUCUUGGUUUGGCACAGUGCUCUCCACUCCCAGGCAGAACAGUUGUGAUGUGCAGCUAAUCGAGCCCCUGUCUAGACACCAGUGUAUGCAACCUCUGACCAAAACACAAAACUAAAAUCUUUAACGAGAUCUCCGUGGUCAUCCCCAUCCUGCACCUUAACACAAAAUGAGGACAGAAGGUGAACUUGAUAGCAGCCGCUGGUAGUGUGCUUGACUGUAGAUUUAUAUACUGAUGUCAAAGAGCCAUAAACCUUCACAGUGAACAGCACCCAAAAGACACCUGGGACAGCAGCAACAUAGAUGAGACAGUUUUCAGUCAAGGCAGCUUCCGACAGAUUUACUACAGAGUAUUAUGGUCAUAUAUAGAGACAUAGAGAUUUCAAGAGUAAUGUCAUGAUAACACAAGAAUACAUUUGUGAUUGAGAAAAAAGUCUUAGUAUUAGGAGAUUAACGAAAUCAUGUUUUGGGGGAAAUAAGCAGCAAAGAGAACCCGCCCUCGUUGUAGUUCCACAGAUGUAAGAAACGGUAACCUCACUCAACCACUACCAACUUCCUCCAAGUCUGUCUGGUUCUUUCUUCAUUAUAAAAACAGUGACUUGCACAAUACCAAGUCCUGAUACUUAUGAUAAUGUGGUGCUGAUGAGCCAAAAUAAUUUAUUAUUAUAAUUAUUGUUUAUAAAAACCUUUACUAAAGUGUAACAUUCUAGUGCAGGUUAAUCUUCUGAUAUUCCCCCUUUUAACAUGACACAUAGCCUAAAAUUUUGACUUUAUUAUCAUAACAUUAUGACUUUAUUCCUGUAUAAUUACUACUUUACUCUUGUAAACUUAAAUUAUGACUUUUUUAUUCUCUUAAUAUAAUGACUUUAUCUUGUAAAAUUACAACUCUUUUUCUCAUGAAUUUAGUUUUUUUGUCACAGCAUUAUGACUUUAUUCUUAUAAAAAUGUGACUUUUUUCUCUCAAUAUUACAACUUUUCCUUGUAAUAUUAUGACUUUAUUUCUGAAAUCUCAGAUUUCAUAUGUCCUUUAAGUGGCCCUAAUAAUGUGUCGAACUAAUUCGCUUCUGGUGAAGGGUGGUUAUCCAAUCAGAGGCCCUCCAGCAAGUUUUUAUAGCCAGAGACACAACUUAAAAUCAACAUGUAUUUGUACUUUAAGUCCUCAAAGCCAUACUUUGUUUAUAACGAUGGUGGAAAAGAUCAUCGUUCUUCAUAUUGUUUUCUCUUUGUGACAACACAGCCUCAAGACUCAGUAUGGAUUUGUGUUUGGCAAAACACAAGCAAAGACGUUUGGCACUCCAUCCUGUUCUGUGUCCUGGUAUUCAAGGGCUAACACCGAGAUAAACCGCAUAACAACCUUAAUACAGGCAGACUUAGGACGGAUUUGCAGAGAAUGAAUUCAUCUGUUUCUUAAUUUCUCAUUUGUUAAAGUCCUGUUCCACAAAAUUACAUCUCAUUAUUAUUUCUUUCUCACUCCUCUUUCUACUUCUGUGUUUGACUGGCGGUGUUUGGUCCUCAUAAUAUGCCGUUGGGGUCUUUUUACCUGAUGGCAAAUGAAAAGCGUUAUUCUUUUCUCCUUAGAAGAGAAGAAUGAUGGUAUUGGAAGUUUUCAUCAUCAGAAAAGAGGCAUUUUGGGUGAAAAAUGUUCUGUGUUGGUCAUUUGUGGCAAACAUUCAAACCAAAAGACAAACAUAUGGCCAUCUGCUCUUAUUCGACUUAGAGAAUAAGAUGAAGCCAGUCAGACAACAUGGGUUAUUUUUCAGAAUAAGACAAGUACACAAAAGGUACUGUAAAGAUGGAUGAAGACCAAAUACAUUUCCAUAUGGUAUCAUUUAGAUGUUUUUUGUGUCCUCCAUCUGUUCUGAUGAACUGUGCAUGUGAAAAGGCCACUCCUCUAUGUUGUCAUGUUGCAUUUUGUAAAAAGAACAAGUGAAUAAGUUGAAAAUGCUCUGGAGAAGACUUUCACUAAAGGAAUGUUGAUGGUGGAAACAUGCAUGUGUAAUAGUUUGGAUAAUACAGAGUAUAUGUGGGUCUGUGAGCGAAUGCUUUCCCCUCCUCCUCAUCUGCUUCUUAUCCAACCAAAAUCUCCUUAAAUCACCAUGAAUUGAUUUGAAAUUCAGUCGCGAGAACCGGACCUUGUGUUAGUUGCAGUGAACUGUAGAUAGCUGAAACGAUCACGCCGACCCCUCGUCCCUAGCUUUUUAACCCUUGAGGUAUACAAGGUACUAAUGAUGAUCAAAUUUUGUAUCCCUCAGUUUGGUAUAAAUACUUUUAAAUGUUUUUUAAAAAUUUACAGUAAAUGUAGUCACGUACUGUAUUGUUUAUUUGCUAAAAUGCCACAUUAAUUGUUUUCCAUGAUUGAAUUGGAUCAUAUUUUUAUACUAAAGUAUAUAUGUACUGUAUAUGUCUAAAUCAGAUUAUUGUUUAUUUGAGACAGCACGGUUUUAAGCGUGCGGGGUAAAUAGAUUUGAGGGUGAUAGGGCAACUGGUAAUCUGAAUACCCACAGAUCUGAAUCCCAUCGGGGGGACAUUCCUUUUAGUUAAUCGGUGAUUUCUAGAAAAAGAAACAUCAAGCUGCACUUCAUUUAUCUAUUCAAUUAAGCGCUUAUGAUGGAAAGUGAAAGCACACCAGGCUGUGCAGGGCCACAUGAGCUCACGACUGAUUAAACCUUGACCUCUGAAUAAGACAUUUAUAUUUUGAAAAGUCAAGAUACGACUCCGCACUGAUCACACAAUACUAAUCUCCUCCUUUUAUACUCAGGUUGCAUUAAAAUACAAAUGGGGUGAAUGAUAUAUGCACAGAAUUUCAUUGUUGUUAUCAGAAAUUCUCCAUAGUUGCCUCUUCAUAUCGAACAAACCUGUAUUUUCACGCGUCUCUGUUGGUCAAACAGAGUAAGUGAAGGCACUCACAGUUUGCCAUCACAUGUUAUUUCAGUGGCGACGAUGCAGUAAUGAAAAUGCAGUAUAUUGUUGUUUUAUAAUUCUCCUUUUGCCACACGUUUUUUUCUGACUCUUCUCCCAUCACUCGCUGCUAUAACGUAUGAACUCGCGUUAACAUUUCUUAAGCCAUGAGUAGAUUAAAGACACUUCAAAGUCCGUCUUACUUUAAAUAUAUAUAUUUUCUCAGAAUGUCAGUCCCACGUGCAGAUUUCAUUGAAUGCAGCUUGGUUUAUAUUUCCCCUCGCACACUCCAGCGAAUUUUGGAAAUGUACUUGGGGAUUAACCACAAACAACCUGUGCCUUAGCAUGUGUGCCCAUGCCAUACACCACUAGAGAUUCAGAAAACAAACAAAAGACUUGACUCAUGCACACACACACUUUUAGAAAAACUGCUUGUAAACUGUUGAGAUUCAGCGAUACAGUACGGGGGGGCACACAUACAGGAAAUUAUGUCAAGGCAGAUUUUAAGAAAAUGGUGAAAUCGAAGCUCAAAAGUGCAACUAAAGCUUUGUUUGACAGUAACAAUGAAGGAUUUGCUUUAAAGAAUGGUCAGACUAACUGAGGUAAUAGUUUUGAACCCAUAGAGGUUGAAACACUAGAGCCAGGCCCUUGAGGAGAGGUCAUGUAAAUGUGUGAUGUCUUCUUACCCUUAGGAAUGUCUGUUUUGUGUUGAAAUGACAAGGGACGUUUUUUUUUUUACUUGUAUCAGGGAAACCUAGUCUUCCUUUGUUGAACUAGCUCAGGACAUAGAAAAGGUACUGUUCUUCCCUCUCUAGCUCUCUCACUUAUUCUCUCCAGGAUGAGUUUCUAGUGCUCUGCCUUACAGCACAAACACCCACAAUAGUGAUUCACUUGACUUUAUUUUUAUUUCUCCAAAACUGACCGAAAAUAAUAAUAAUACAUGUGUUACCAGAGGGGCAGCAGCCAUAAGAAUUAGAUAUUUGAUUGGAUUUUUUUCAUUAGAUUUUUCCUGAAUUUCAUGAAGUUUGUUUUUGUGGCUAUAGUGUCAUGCAAAGAGAAACAAGGACUGUCUAUGGAUGUGUUGUUAAUGUGUACUGUGGCUUGGUAACAAUACUGUAAAUGUUUGAUGAAUGUAUAUCUAGUCAUUUAAACAAUG